AUGGCGGAACUCGGGAAAUCGUUUAUCGAGAAGAACUUCGUAAACGGCAUGCAUGGCAAAUCGCGGAGGAAGAGUGAUGGCAAUUCCGGUCACUAUAUUCUUUCCAACCCUGUGGGAGAAAACUUUUCUGCUCAUGCGUCCGAUAUGGAUUUCGAUGCUAAAAUGAUCUACCGUGUCGAUCACUGUGGUAAUGUAUCGCCAUCCAAUAGCAUUAUAGCUUCAGCGCCAUGGGCCUGGAAAUUCCUGUUCGCACCAAAAUAUACCAUGGGUGUCUGGUGGAAGUCCCCGCAGGAGUAA